AUGACCUCCCUGACUCUGAGAAACACUGUUCCCACUGACUCUGUUGCUGCCCCCUGUGGUCACAGGCAUCGACACCGCGAGGGCAGGGAGUUCCGGAGCGUCUCACCCCACAGCGAGCUGCUCCGGGACGGGCAACACGAACAUCGCAAGUCCAGGACCCACCGGAGAUCCAGGGAACCAGAGGAGGGACGCAGACACCGCUCCAAGUGUGGAGAGGGGGAGGGGGAGAAGGAGGGGGAGGGCAGGAAGGGGAGGAGGCACCGCCGUCGCAAGAGAGAGCACCACAGCCUGGGCCUGUCCACCACUCGCCCCAUCCAGCAGUACAACGAGUCCCUGGACAACCUCCGCAACAAUAGCAGACUGUGCGAGCUGCCCUACACCUUACCCCCGGACCACCCGGACCACCUCAACAACCUGCUGAACGCCAGGGACUCGGACACUCACACUCUGCUGCACAGCAUGGACAGCCUCAUCCUCACCAGCCUCGCCAAACCAGAGUACACAGCCAUCCACAUGCCCCCAGUGUACCCCUACCCCUCCACCAACGCCAUCCUGCAAGUGAACAAAAACGCCAACACGGAUCAGAAGAAACCAGAGGAGAAGGAGGACGAGGACGAUGGAGGAGACGACGGACCCAAACGCAUUCCCCCAUACAGCUCCUGCUUCAUCAUGUCCACAACCAACCCGUUCCGUAAAUGCUGCCACUACAUCCUGACGCUGAAGUACUUUGAGUUCAGUAUCCUGUCGGUCAUCGCCAUGAGCAGCAUCGCACUGGCAGCAGAAGACCCAGUGUGGCCCGAGUCGCCACGCAACAAUAAUUUGAACUUUGUUGGAGAGCUUUCUUCUGUCCACUUCCAUUAA